UCUGGAACCCUGCCACUCUGAGUUUCUUUUUUCAUUUCUACUUGGAUUGGAUGAUAUUUCUUGUUUCAUGACCAAAACAAAACCCCUCCAAAACCCCCCAUUUUCAUUCCUGUGUUAUCCUCCUCUCCACACUCUUCUUCCCAAAGCUUCAAACAUUCCAAUGACACCCUGAAUUCACACCCUUCUCUCUCUCACACUCUCCCUCUCAUGGCUUCUCUCCUUCCAUGCCCACAACAAAUUCCCACCACACCCUUCAUCUCCAAGCUCAGCUCAUCCCCCAAAACAUGGAAACUCUUCAUCCUCAGCUACCCUUUACACCAAAAAACCAUCAAAAGACUAACACUACCCUCCCCCACCAAAGCAGUCUACACACAAGGCCUCUAUGUCUCUGCUCCCCCACCUUCCAAAACUGACCUUGACAACGACCCUAUCUCCCUCCUCAACGAGAGGAUUCGCCGCGACCACGGCAAAAGAGAGGUUUCCAGGACUGUGAUGGACAAGAAGGAAGCUGAGAAGUACAUACAGUUGGUGAAGGAGCAGCAGCAGAGGGGGCUGCAGAAGCUCAAAGGUGAAAGGGUGGGUAAAGAUGGUAACUUUAGUUACAAAGUGGAUCCUUACACGCUUCGAAAUGGGGACUAUGUUGUGCACAAGAAAGUGGGUAUUGGGAUGUUUAUUGGGAUCAAGAUGGAUGUUCCUAAGAAUUCUGCAGAACCAACUGAGUAUGUUUUUAUAGAGUAUGCAGAUGGAAUGGCUAAGCUUCCUGUUAAGCAGGCCUCGAAAAUGCUCUAUAGAUAUUGUCUUCCAAAUGAAAACAAAAAGCCUAAGGCAUUGAGCAAGUUGAAUGAUACUAGUGUGUGGGAGAAAAGAAAGACUAAAGGGAAAGUUGCCAUACAGAAGAUGGUUGUUGACUUGAUGGAACUCUAUCUGCAUAGGCUCAAACAAAGAAGGCCUCCCUAUCCAAAGAGUCCCGCCAUGGCUGAAUUCACAGCUCAAUUUCCUUAUGAACCCACGCCGGAUCAGAAACAGGCUUUUAUUGAUGUGGAGAAGGAUUUGACUGAACGAGAAACUCCAAUGGACAGAUUAAUUUGCGGAGAUGUUGGCUUUGGUAAAACUGAGGUUGCACUGCGUGCUAUCCGAUGUGUUGUCUCAGCUAAAAAGCAAGCAAUGGUUCUGGCACCAACAAUAGUUCUAGCAAAGCAGCAUUUUGAUGUUAUUUCAGAGCGCUUUGCUGUAUAUCCUGAUAUCAAAGUUGGACUUCUAAGCCGGUUUCAGACGAAAGCAGAGAAAGAAGAGCACUUGGAAUCGAUUAAGAGUGGUGAGCUGGAUAUUAUUGUUGGGACUCACUCACUUCUUGGAAACCGUGUUGUAUAUAGCAAUCUUGGCCUACUUGUGGUUGAUGAGGAACAGAGGUUCGGUGUCAAGCAGAAGGAGAAGAUUGCCACUUUUAAAACUUCUGUGGAUGUACUUACUUUAUCUGCGACCCCUAUACCACGGACUCUUUAUUUAGCACUGACAGGGUUCCGCGAUGCUAGUUUAAUUACAACUCCACCUCCAGAAAGAGUUCCUAUCAAGACCCACCUGUCAUCAUUCAGUAAGGAGAAAGUAAUAUCAGCCAUCAAGUAUGAGCUGGACCGUGGUGGUCAAGUUUUUUACGUUCUGCCACGUAUUAAAGGGCUUGAAGAAGUAAUGGAAUUUCUUGAAGAGUCAUUCCCAGAUGUGGAAAUAGCCAUUGGCCAUGGGAAGCAAUACUCAAAGCAAUUAGAGGAUACCAUGGAAAAGUUUGCUCUAGGUGAAAUAAAAAUCCUUAUCAGCACAAAUAUAGUAGAAAGUGGGCUUGAUAUUCAAAAUGCAAACACCAUCAUCGUACAGGAUGUUCAACAAUUUGGCCUUGCCCAGUUGUACCAGUUGCGUGGAAGGGUUGGGCGGGCAGAUAAGGAAGCAUAUGCUUACUUAUUGUAUCCUGAUAAAAAUCUGCUCUCUGAUCAAGCAUUGGAGAGGCUUUCGGCUCUUGAAGAAUGCCGCGAACUUGGUCAAGGCUUCCAACUGGCUGAAAGAGACAUGGGUAUAAGAGGUUUUGGUACUAUUUUUGGUGAACAGCAAACAGGAGAUGUUGGAAAUGUUGGCAUUGAUCUUUUCUUUGAGAUGCUCUUUGAGAGUUUGUCUAAGGUUGAAGAGCACCGUGUCGUAGCAGUUCCUUAUCAUUCAGUGCAGGUUGACAUAAACAUCAAUCCUCAUCUCCCUUCUGAAUACAUAAACCAUCUGGAGAACCCUAUGGAAAUAAUAAACGAAGCUGAGAGAGUUGCUGAGAAAGACACCUGGAGUUUGAUGCAAUUUACUGAGAAUUUGCGCCGCCAAUAUGGCAAAGAGCCUCGCCCCAUGGAGGUUUUAUUAAAAAAGCUGUAUCUUAGGAGAAUGGCGGCUGAUAUAGGGAUAAACAGAAUUUACUCCUCAGGGAAGACGGUCUUUAUGAAAGCAAACAUCACUAAAAAAGUAUUUAAGAUGAUGACAGAUUCGAUGACAUCAGAUAUAUAUAGAAAUUCGUUGGUCCUGGAGGGGGACCAAAUUAAGGCUGAACUUCUAUUAGAGCUACCAAAAGAACAACUUCUUAAUUGGAUCUUCCAAUGUGUGGCUGAACUUCAUGCUUCACUACCCGCCCUCAUAAAGUACUAAGUUCUUUACCUAAGUUGGAAACUUGACUUACUGCUUACAAGGCCCGGAACUAACCAUGGUGGAUGCAAAACAAGAAUUUAUUGCUUUGACCGACUUGGCAGCACAGGACAUCAGAACAAAUUGAGACUCUCAAUUGAUAGAUACUAGUGACAGUGCACUUCUUAUUAUCAUGAUAUAGAAUCAGAGCUGCAUCAGUGAGGUUAGUUACUAGUACCUUGGAAUUGUUGUCCAAAUUGCACUUCAGAUUUGCAUGCUUUAUUGUGGACAUGAUCAUGAAAUAUGAGAAAGCAGCAACAGCUAGUGGCCUGAUCAGCUCCAAUAUUGCACUCAUAAAUAAAACCAGUCUCAAAAAGAGGAUUAAUCACUGCUACCGGCGGUGGAUUUCUUGGCUCACCCAAAAAUAUUCAUAAUUCAUCUUUUGUAUACGUGAAGGAGUGAAGCAUUGUGCUACCACACUCUUUCCUCAUUUUUGUUAUCUCAGCUUUCAUGAAAGUUACUUGAUAUGGGGCAAUUCAAUGCAAAUAUUCAGAGUCUCACUCUAGCUAUUACAUUCUAAGAAAUCUAUAAAUCAGCCUGAUGGAUGGUGCAUUCUUUUCGUUGUAGAUUACUAAGAAAUAUAAUGUUGUUUAUAGUUAUUGCUGUCAUGCGUUUGUUUGAUU